ACGCUGGGCUGGAACUUAUCAGAGCACCAGGGAAAUGUUUGGCGCGAGAUUUCAACAUGGCACCCGUGAGAUUGAAGGAAGUGAUCGUGUUUAGUUCGCAGGAUGCAGUACACCGAGCGGACAAUCUACUUGAUCAGACCAGCCAAUGGAAACGCUGGUUGUGUGCGCCGGGGGACCGGUCCGGAUCCAUGGAGGCCGAGUUUCAAGUGGAGAAAGCCGCAAAGAUUGGCUACGUGGACAUUGGGAAUUAUGGAUCAGCCUUUGUGGAGAUACUUGUCCGUAAAUCGUCCUGGUCCAGCAACGAUUAUGUAACUCUGAUCCCUGCGACCAUGCUCAUGUCACCGAUGGAAAGCAGGAACGGCAAGAACAAAUGCGCCGUCAAAAUGUUCACCAAGGCGGCUUUAAACGAAGAGAGUCUGAAAAACGAAUGGGAUCGGAUCAAAGUCAAGUGUAGCCAGCCUUACAAGAAGGACGCACAGUUUGGUCUGGCGUUCGUUCGUCUCCGCUCCCUGGAGGAACCGAAGGAACAGGCCCAAAUCGUCAGCCCUGGACCUACCAUGACUAAGCUUCAUUCCAAAUCCAAGACCACUCCAACAAAUAAACCAAAAGGCCGAACCAUCCUGUCUCCAUCGUGGAAGACAAACUCCAGUUUCCAGAGGCAGUUUAUGUCCAUGAAAGAUGAGAACAACAAAUUCAGUGAUGCAGAAUUAAAAACAAGGCUCCUCAAAAUGGCCGCCACUGCAGAGACAGGAUCAGACAAAUCCGACUCACUGAGCCGAUCCGCAAAGAUGGUUCUUGCCUCGUCCACUAACAAGCAGCAAACUCCCAAACGCCAACCUGGUAACCAUGGCAACAGCGCUCAAAGUCCAGCCGACAACAGCAUCAAAAACAAUUCCGACCGACAAGAUAAGAAAGGACCGAUGAGAAAAGACAAUUUUGAAAAUGUUCAUGAGUCGUCACCUCCUGGUCACCACACCUACAUUUACCAUGGAGAUGGUACCCGUAGCAACGAAAACUUAGCUUCCACAACAUCGCCGAAACCAAGAUGGCUACAGGCUAAAGGCAGGGAGGACCGUCAACCAGGAUUCAAUGCUACUCAGAGAGAAACAGAAAAGACUUUGAAUGCAAAAAGACCGACAAAACGACCAAGCAACUUGCCAGUUCAAACGUCCCCAAGUAAAGUGAAGAACACGUUCAACACAAGACUUUUCAAGCAAGUUGCUGAGGAAUUUCUCACAUCUUUUGGUCGCCGUCUGCUGGACUCUAAAUUAUCUGACAUCCGUCCCGUUUUGGAGAGACAGUUGGGUCACAAACUCAGCAAGGAAGAAAAGACGACGCUGAAAGAAGUGGCCAUGGCAAGAGUUGACGUCCUGAUCAAAGAUGGAUCAUCUUCAACACCGAUCCAGUGCCCAAAGCCUGUGUCAGUAGCCAACACAUCAGCAGAUAGUACAUCAUCCAGUGUCAAGGACGUUGCAGCGAUGGAGUUUAGAUGCUGUCCUAAAUGCUACCUUCAAUUUACUGCAAGACAGAUCACAGGCCAUGUCCUCAGUUGCCAAGGAAUUCCGUCUGCCACUGGCGUUACCAAGGCAACCAAAGCAUCCUCGUCUACUCCACAGAGAGGACGGAGGGGGCGGGGCCGGGGUCGUGGAGGAGGCACACGGGGACGAAAAUCUUUUUCGGUAGCUUCUGAGGAUAAUUUCACAACGGUGUCGUCACAUGUUCGGACUGCACAAAUGCCCAGCUACCAACGUGAGGGCGCUGUUGCUAAACGCAAGCGGGGCGGCCGGGCUGCCAAUUCUUCACCACGGAAUCCCACCUUGAGCAACGUGAUGAAACCAGCACCGGGCGGCUUUCUUCAGACUGGUGACGUUUCACCACCGCAACCUGUCACCAAGUCACCACAAGGGGGCGCUCUUACAACACACCAGUACAGCUUUGAUUCGCUCGGCAACUCACCUGAAAGUUUUGGAACGCCUCGUUGGGACAAUCGCAUCCAUAACGAGACAAGUACAUCUCCAAUGAGAAUUGGUUGCCAAAAUAAUACAAACGACACUGGACAGAAUGAUGAAGAGCGUUCACCGUGCCCAAUCUGCUUCCAAAUGUUCCCAGUCGAGGUGAUUGAAAUCCAUGCUGAUAUGUGCCUGGAACAGACCCAGAUAUUCAACGAAAUAUCAAAUCAACAGAUGGCUUGUUUCUGAGUGGGUCGACACUUUGGGUGAUGUCAUUAUGAUGUCACUGGCUCAAUACUUUUGAAACAGAUUGGUUGAAAGCAAAUGGUCAAACAUCAUUGUGGGAAGAUGGAAUUUCUUUCCAUUUUAGCAUGUUUAGAUUUGGACUUUUGUUAUCCGAGUACAUGUAUGACCCGAAGAAGUUUGUUAGAUAUUGGCAGACUCAGGCAAAUUCGUUUUGCUAAAGAAACACUCCAAAGAAAUGAAGAAGCGAUGGAACACCAGUCAAUAGAAUAAAGUUGUUUUUGUUUUUUUGCAACAUAAAUGUGAUAGAUCAUUAUAUUUUUAUGCACAGGUAUACAAAGUACAAAAAUAACAUAUGCAACAUGUAUACAAAUGAUUAAAAGCAAAAAGCACAUUGACAAUUUCAAAGUACUUUAAAAAAUGGACGGAACAAUUGCUUUGAUGCCAACUUUGGUUUGAAAUCUUUCCAAGAUAAUUAAAUCCAUAUAAAUCAUUGAAUGCUAAAGAUUUGCGUGUUAUUUUUCUCUUUCUUUGAGGUAUAUUUUGCAUUAUCAUCAUAAAAUGAGUAUUGGCUCUGUGCAUGGACUAGAGGGCGCUCUUUGACUUCUUGCAAAUGUUUAUGAAGCUCACUUUUUUAAGCAAAUUUUACUUUUUUCUAAAUUUCUAAAAAUUCAUUAUUCUUAGUAUAUAGUUGUAAUUCUCAUGCACUAUAAUUUUACAUGUAAAUCAUUCUCAAUAUAUUAUAUCCUUUUACAUUUUUAUGUACAGUUUUAAAAUGCCAAAUGCAUGAAUAAUCUUCAUCUUAAAAAUGUGCUUUAAACUUUUCUGAGGAUACGUAAAAUGUCAUUUUUGUAAUAUUCCCUACACUGUUUGCAUCCAUUAACAUCAAAUUCUGUUCGUGUGCUUCAACAUUCACUGAAACGAAUGAAGUGCCAAAUAAAGUGUGGCGUUUAUCAUCUUCAA